GGCAGCCGUGUUCUAGCAGACGUCAUGUCUUUUAAAAAUAAAGUUGUUAUAGUAACCGGGUCUGGGUCUGGUAUGGGAGCAGCAACAGCGCUGCUCUUUGCUGAAGAAGGAGCUCACGUUGUAAUAGUAGAUUUCAGUGAAGAAAGAGCUAAUAAUACUGCAGAAGAAUGUAAAAAACAUGGAAACAAAGUCUUUGUCAUUAUUGCCGACGUCUCCAAAAAAGAAGACGAUGAGAGAAUAAUUAAUAACGCUAUCGAUGAGUUUGGAAGAAUUGACGUUUUAGUAAACAACGCUGGAACUGGGAAGGUAGGACGAAUCAUGGACGGAACCAUUAUAGAAACAUUCGAUGAAGUAAUGAAUACCAAUCUCAGAGCUGUGGUGGUAUUAACAAGCCUGGCUGCUCCUCAUUUGGCGAAAACCAAAGGCUGCGUGGUAAAUACCUCAAGUAUAUUCAGCACCGCAUUAAGACAUGGAAUCAUUUUCCCAUCUUACUGUGCUUCUAAAGCAGGAGUUGAUACUUUUACUCGUGUAGCUGCCUUGGAGCUUGCUUCAUCAGGAGUGAGGGUCAAUGCCGUCAACCCUGGACCGGUUUACACAAAUCUCCUCAUCCAUAAUGGACUACCUGGCACUUGGGAAGAAUAUGCACAAUUUACUGCUUUAAAGAAAGGUUCAGAUCCCAAAGAGGUUGGUAAUCUCAUUUUGUAUUUGGCCAGUGAUAAGGCUAAGAGUAUUACCGGUGUUUGCUAUGAAAUUGAUAAUGGAAUGAACCUUGUGUAGGACAGGACGUUAAUGAUUAUCUAUUGUUUGUUCAUAUUUUAUUGUUGUUUUGUUAACUGUCUAUAGUAUGAUAACAUUUAUUAUGUGCAAUAUUUCUUGACUUUGGGAAUGGGUUAAGCUAGAUUUUGUUAAUGUUAGUUUUAUUAUGGUUUCGUUUCAUCUACUUAUUAGGUUUAUGGGUGUUGUAUAUUUGAAAUUAAUCAAUAAAAGUUACAGCAAGGUGUUGUAUUGAUUUAUAUUCCUUUUUAAGUAGA